AGUGAGCUGUGAGUUCUGUCCUUGCUGGCUUUCCCAAGUGGAAGGCUACCCUCAUCUUUCACUAAUGGCAGACUAGGACAAGCAUUACCCAGGCCUGCAAGCUUGUUAAGCACUAGGAACCCAAGCAAGAACUCACCAUGCCAAUCAAACCUGUUGGGUGGAUAUGUGGGCAGGUGUUGAAGAACUUUUCUGGAAGAAUCGAGGGGAUCCAGAAAGCAAUCAUGGACCUUGUAGAUGAGUUUAAAGACGAAUUUCCCACCAUCCUAAGAUUAUCACAGUCUAAUCAGAAAAGAGAACCUGCGCAGAAAACAUCCAAAAUCAGGAUGGCUAUUGCUUUAGCUAAGAUUAAUCGAGCAACAUUAAUUCGUGGAUUAAACAGCAUAUCCAGAUCCUCCAAAUCAGUGGCCAAACUUCUGCAUCCUCAGCUUGCAUGCAGACUUUUAGAGCUAAGGGACAUAUCUGGUCGUCUGCUGAGGGAAGUUAAUGCUCCGAGGCAACCCCUAUAUAACAUGCAGGUCAGAAAGGGUUCUUUGUUUGAAAUCAUCUCCUUUCCAGCAAAGACUGCUUUAACUAGCAUAAUAUAUGCUUCAUAUGCAGCACUAAUUUAUUUGGCAGUCUGUGUUAAUGCUGUGCUGAAGAAGGUAAAGAACAUCUUCCAGGAAGAAGAAUCCAUCAGGCAAAACAGAGAGGAGAGUGAAAAUUGUAGAAAAGCCUUUUCUGAGCCUGUGCUUUCGGAGCCUAUGUUUGCUGAAGGUGAAAUCAAAGCAAAACCUUAUAGGUCAUUGCCGGAGAAGCCAGACAUUUCAGAUUACCCCAAGCUUCUUGCUAAUAAGCAGAGUAAUAACAUCCAAGUUUUACAUUCUGUGUUUGACCAAUCAGCUGAAAUGAAUGAGCAAAUCUGAAUACAGAUAUCACUGAACAGAACUUAAGAGUUAUCUAUUUAAUGGCACAUUUCAUCUGACAAAACUCAGAGUCCAGUUUACAUAUUCUGAAUUGCUCUGCUUUCUUAAAAAAAAGAGAAGGGGGCUACUAUUAAAAUGUCAUUUUCUAGUAUUUACAUGAUAGAGUAAAUAAAAUGAAUAUUGAUGUGGAAUAUA